AUGUUCGGGCAUCAAAAGGCGCCUCUUCCUUCCCUUCAACCUGAUAGUAAUACUGCAAGUAUUAGAACAGCGACGACAAUAAUGGGCCUCACUCUCCCUCGAGGACUCGUCUAUCUUGUUCGCCUAAUCCCUUAUUUCGCCGCACCAUCUGCUGCUGUCUUUCUCGCGUUCCGCGUCGCGAACGACCAGUUCGAUAUCUCGGCUCCGGCAUGGGCAGUCAUCUCCCUCACCCUCUUCGCUCGCCCACUCCUCUUCUUUGCGGAACAAGAAUGGUCCAAGGUCGCGAGUAAGAGAAGGGCAGCGGCCCAUGGAGCUGUCCUGCCUCCUAUGAUCAAGGAAAGCGCUUUCGGGGCCAUCAAGAUAUUCGGGGAGAAUUUGAAGACGGGUUACCCAGCUGAACCCAUCCGAAAGUGGGCAGAAGAGUAUGGACAUACGUUCCAGAUGCCUUUGUUGACGAGCAACCUUGUCGCCACCGACGAACCCGACCACAUCAAAGCUAUCCUCGCAACACAAUUUGAUGGUUUUGACAAGGGGCCUACCUUCCGGGACCAAAUGAACUCUCUGCUUGGAGUCGGAGUGUUCAAUGCUGACGGUGACAUGUGGAAGUUCCAUCGUUCUAUGACCCGGCCUUUCUUCACUCGAGAACGGAUCAGCGAUUUCGAGAUCUACGACCGUAACGCCGACGCGUCCCUCAAGCUCGCGAAGACGCGUCUCGCAGAAGGAUAUUCCAUCGACUUCCAGGAUCUGGUUUCACGUUUUACCCUUGAUUCUGCCACCGAGUUCCUCUUCGGUUACAACGUCGACUCCCUCUCCGCCGGGAUUCCCUACCCGCCUGCACACGCAGAACUCACACCCGCUUCCUUCCACGAGCACUCCUCGACCGUGUUCACGACGGCGUUCACUAAAGCGCAGGUGAUCGCCGCCAAGCGCACUGGACAAGGGCCAGACUGGCCGUUGUUUGAGAAAUUGCAGGACACGAUCCAUCCGUUAAGGAAGAUAAUGGACCGGUAUACGGAGCCGGUGAUUCGGGAAGGGGUGGAGAAGAAGGUGGCGGAGAAAGGGGAGAAGAUGGAGGAAGAGAGCACCCUUUUGGAGCAUUUGUUGAAGCACACCCAAGACCAGCAGAUCUUGAAGGACGAGCUCGUCAACCUGCUUGUAGCGGGACGUGAUACCACUAUGUGCCUCUUGACCUUCUCCGCGUACAUGCUCGCCGAACACCCUAACAUCGAACGCCGUUUGCGACAAGAAAUCUAUGAGAAGAUCGGCCCUAACGGCUUGCCCACUUAUGACAACAUGCGUGAGCUCAAGUUCGUCAGGGCCUUUCUGAACGAGGUGUUGCGAUUAUACCCUCCCGUACCCGCCAAUGUCAGGACCACGACCAGAGAAGUUGUAUUGCCUGCCAAGAGGCCUGGACAGCAGGCAUUCUACAUUCCUGCCGGUACCUCAACCAUCUACACCGUCAUCAACACCCACCGCCGCCCAGACCUAUGGGGCCCCGACGCACACAAGUUUGACCCUGACCGCUUCCUCGACGAGCGAGUGCACAAGUACCUGACGCCCAAUCCGUUCAUCUUCUGCCCAUUCAACGCUGGGCCGCGUAUCUGUCUCGGUCAACAGUUUGCUUACCACGAGGCGACCUUCUACCUCAUCCGACUCCUGCAGCAGUUUACUGCUUUCACACUCGAUAGCGCGACGAACAAGCCUCCGCCUGAGGCAUGGGCCUCGAUGGGACCCCUCGAUAGGAAGAGCGUAGAAAAGAUCCACCCGUUGUCGCACUUGACGCUCUAUGUUUCUGGCGGUCUUUGGUUGAGGAUGCGGGAGCUACAGGCCGGAGAAGCGUGA